AUGAGAUCACUCAAAUGUCCUGUCCCUGUUCCUGGCUCUGGUGCCUUUCCAAAUCCUUCUCAUCAUUCGGAAACAACAGCAACAGCAUCCACCAAAUUCAACCCCAAAAUCUCCACACCCAAAUUCCAGUCCCCAACAACAACAUCAUCAUCCGACAGCCCCAAUCUGUCCACCAGUCCCAAGCAGAAAUCCAGUACCCCCUCAACUCCUUGUCCUUAUCCACAGAAACAAAGGUUGAUGAAGAAACAUCCAGGUGAAAGAAAACGGCCCGUAAACGACAUAAAAACAAUGUAA